AUGAAUCAUGACAACUGGAGACCCGCCUGGACACGGUGCAGCAAGUUGGAAGAUAUCGUCUGGAUAACGAAGGACGUUCUAGCUUGGUGUUCCGGUGUCUUCAUCGUGUUCUUCGGCAUCGAUCACGGUGACUAUCGAUUUCAUUGGUGCUGGAACCACCACACCGGAGAUGGUGCCCGAUGUCUCUCCGCUCACAAGUCGCUCGCCGUGUUCGCCUUCGCGGAGAAGGUCAUUCAACCGAGGAUCCUCGUUUUCUCUUACCCGACGAUGACGAAAAUCGCCGAGUGCGCCGGCGGAUGCGCUUCCGGAUACUUGGCCACCGCGUUUACACCGGGUGAUCACUUGGUCUCCGUCGGGUCGUAUCCCAUGUUCGUGAUGACCGUCUGGAAUUGGAGGACCGGCGAGAAGAUAAUCAGCGUGAAUACUUUUAUACGCGACGAGGUUGGACAGAUAUUAAGGAUCACUCGCGUCGGGCCCACUGUCGUCGGCCAGCUCGGGAAGACCUGCGGACGAUUGUACACGUGGGAAUUGGACGUCGUUGGGAAAGUUGCCAUUGUGAAAGAUUACGAGAUAAAGCUUCCGAAAGAUCGGCCGAUUUUGUGGAUAGACUGGAAUCCAACAUCCACGGAGCCGUUGCUAGCCAUCACAGACGUCGACGGCCACAUAUUUCUCAGCAAUUUCGACGGCAGCAGCGUCAAUCGCAUCGUGCUGUCCACGCGUUGCGGCGUCUGCACGGACGUGGAACUGCCAAUGGCCGCUUGGUUCCGUGAUGGUAUCGUCUUACGUACGACGUUCUGUCAAAUUCGUUUCUUCUCGAGGAGCCAGAGAACGAGCUCGUGGCGAAUGGAUUGGUACGUGAAGUUGGAGACGAAACCGUACAUUCUGGCCGUUCAUCCGUCCGACGAUCAUCGAUUCUUCUACUACACGCUCGAGGGGCAUUUAAUGCAGAUCGGCUUCACCGAGAAGGACGAAACUCCUCGAGCUCAUCGGUACAUCGACUACGGCGCCACGUGUCGCUACGCGGACUUCGUUUAUCCGUGGUGCCAUCAUCUCGUUGUUAGUUGCGACACGAGGAAAGAGUUGAUCGUCGUCGAGUGUUACGAAGGGACACCGAUAGCUUCCGUCGAUCUGGAAACGGACGGUGAAAUUGUUUGUCAAGUCUCGCACCCGGACUUCCCGUUGGUCGUUCUCGGAACGGAGAAAGGCGAAGUGAUAUUCGUCACGUUCACUGAACCGACCGAGCCUGGGAUCGCAGCUCGUGUCAGGUUGCAAAGAACGCCUAUUGAUUUGAUCAAGUUUUCAAAUACUGGAAGAUUCUUGAUCGCAGCCGAGAGGAAAACCGGUGACUGUUACUGCGUGAGUCUCGAACCCGGGAAGAUGUACACCGCGCGAACGUUGAUCAGAGUGCAUCGCAGGAUCAUCGAUCUUCUGGUCUACGAAGGUUACAGAAAGCUAAGAAUCCUCGUCCUCUACGAGACGGUGAAACAGCACAACGUCGGACAGAUCCUGCUCUUGUACGAAGCGUCACCGGAACAGAACUUGGUCACCGAUUCCAUGCACAUGCUGAAACUUCCGGGCGUGUAUCGUGCCCUGUAUCAAGUGCCUGGGAACCCGAUGCUGCUCGUGGGAUCUCCUUACUCGACGCGUCAACUCCGGCUGCAGAAGGUAGUGGACUUCAGGCACGUGGUUCUGGAAGACGGUUUAGCGACGGGUCAUCAGGUGAAGCUGGCUAAUUUGUUCGUCGAUCGAUCGUGGAUCAGUACCACCGCUCUCGAUGGAUUCGUCUUAAUUAGAGAUAGAACUGUACGAAGAGUGGCGGCGCACGUCAUUGCGCACCACAGGUCCGACCUGGGCACGAUUAAAGCGAUGGCGAACAGACAGGGGGACUUGAUCGUUUGCCUGGGCUACAAUGGCUCGUUGAUCGCCAUCAAGUCUAUCGUUUCGGAGAGAAAGGAGUUCCCGCAAUCGAAAGCAACUUCCUCCGAGGAAGUACUCUACAAAGCUCAGCAGGGAGUUUACGAAAAGAUGAGGAAAAAGAUCCAAUCGGACUACGCGAGUCUCGAUCCUGCCGUUUACGAGCUGCUGACGCGUCGAAAGUACAAAUUCCCCGAUCCUCGACAGGGAGACAAAACCUGGUCAGAUUGGAGGGAGGAGAUACAGCUUCGGGAGGAGGAAGAAAAAUCUAGAGAGGAAAGAACGACGAUUCUAAGAGAGUUCGAGGCGUUGCAAGGCAAAGUGAGGAAGUUACUGGACGCGAACGAAGCCAGCCCUGAAAUCGAGAAGCUGCCCGUCUCGUUUUUCGAUCUGGAUCUCGCGGGCCGUGAUCAGAAGUUGAAAGCGGGCCGCGACAUUUGCGAGGAUCUUCACUUAGAACUCGAGCACAAUAUCGCCGAGAUGCAAAGGGUGUCUAGAUGGAUUCGCGAGGCUUUCUGGAACCCACAGGCGAUCGUGGGCAAAUGUCUGUACGCCAUCUUGGGCACCAUGCUGGUCACCAAUUAUCCCGAGUUCGCCGAAGAACCGGACGAGAAACACCACUUGCAGUGGGCGAAAUUUUGCAAGAAGACCGCGUACAGUAGCCUGGAGAACGGCGAGUUCGCACCUUGGAGAAUUUUUACCGCGGAGGAGCUGCAAGUCGAGCUGAACAAGAAGCAGAGGUUGCCUCGCGAGCUCGAGAGAAGGUUGGAUUUGUUGGUCGACGACGACGAUCAGCAAGAACUGGAGCAAGAGAAGAUGGCUAUUGUCGAGGCAGAUCUGGAAGAACGAAAAGCGAUGGGAGGUACCACCGCGCAUCGAUACAUCGAGGAGUCACCUUACUACGCUCAAAUUGGAUACUACGGAUUCGGCCAGACGAUGAUAAACAAUCAUUUGCUGCUACACGACUGCAAGAGGCUUCGUGCUUUCUUCAAUCAAGCGUUCAACGAAGUGUAUGCAACGAAGGAAAGGGAGAUGAAGGUGAUACGCGAAAGGAUUGACAGGAUACGUUAUAUCGACUCUGAAUUGAGGACCAUGUUUCAUCGACACGUACCUCACAUUCCUGUUGAUCCCCAAUGGCACUGGCAGGAAAGACCGGAGAGCAUUAUCAAGGUGCUGGAUCACGAGGUGAAGGCGAAACGGUACAUUUCCCAGUCGCAGCAGGAACUGUUGGACAAGCAAGCGGCGGAGGAAGAACGAAUCAGACAAUUGUUGCUUGCUGACGACUUUCGCGAACGCGCCCUAAUGGCGAUGAUGGACGGCGUGCUGGAGGUCCGAUGGGAGGACACCAUCAAGAUAGACGUCCCUAAACCGGCUUGCAUGCUCGAGAAGAAACCGGAAGACUAUACAUCCGAGGAUAUAUCGGCGGUGAAACAGUACGAGAACGACGUGCAAUUCCUUAUGGAAGAACGGGAACGGUACAAGAGGAUGCUGGAGGCGGAGUAUGGGAGAGUCAUGGAGCUUUUGAAAGAAGGGAUUGACAAAUUUAACGACAGACUAAACGACCUGUUUCACCUGAAAAUCAACGUCGAGGCAGCCAUAAAUCAAUUGCAUCUGCGGUACAUUCGUGGUUGGAUCUUGAUCCGUCGUCGAAUGCAGUCGUUGCAGGAGGAGGACAAACUGAAACAGCGAGUCCUAGAAAAAGAGAAAUACCAGGAAGUUCUCAACAGCCAUCUCGACGCUUUUCGCGAGCUUCGCGAAGAAAUGGCCGCCAAACACAGAUCGUUCGUCGCGAAAGAGAAAGCGGUAGCCAAGAAGUUCAGGUCUGAAUUCGCGUCGCUGAACAAAUUCCAAGUCGAACUGCUCGCGCAACAGUACAAUCGUAGACCGAAGAUAACCAUGAGAAGUCUCGUGGCCUCUGAUGUCUACGAGUUGGCAAGCCACGUGACCUCUCGCCUACCGUGCGUCUACCUGUCAACCGAGUGCAAGGAUUACUUGAGGAUCUUGAAUCACUUGGACGUUCGACCAGCCGUUCUCCCGGCGACGAUCGACGCGUCCCACUGGGACGACUUGAUUCGUCUGCGACGCGUCAAGAUCGAUUUCGAGUUGAGAAGCAAGGCGCAGCAAAUAGAGAUCGCGGACGCGGACGCCGUGAUCCUUGGAUUCGAGCAGAGGAUAGAAAAGUGUAAAACAGACGCGGAGGAUAUGAGAAGGAGUUUGAUCGAACUGAGGGACUCGAGGAGGAUCGAGGAGCUGGACGUGGAAAUGCAAUUGGUGUUGAAGAUGGGGCAAGUGGAGAUUCAGCUCGCGGGGGAGGUGAACGACGCGCAGAACGCGGUACUCGUUUCGAAAACAGCUGUCGAGAGCGUAAAUGAGCUGAUUAGGGCCGCUGGAGCGUGCAAGCUGAACGCUUUGUCUCGUUUAUUGAGCUUUCAGAGAGGUACUCUGCUGAAGCAAUGGGAGCACGAGUGUCAGAAGAACAAACUGCAAGAUCUGGAGGAGGACCUGCGGUCCACGGAAUCGGUAACAGUAACGAAAGAAAUGCAACGGUACCUGAAACGCAAGGCCAGAGGUCUUCCAGAUGAGAAGACGCCGCAGCAACUGGAGGACGACGUCAAUGCGGUGAAACGACAGUUCAGCAGGAUCUUGGAGGACCACCAGGCACGGCUUCGAUCGAUCGAGAACGAGAUCGCCGCCGUCAGAAGCAAGAACGAGCAGCUCGAUCGGCAGAUCUUGGAGAUGAACAUGGCGAGGUGCGAGAUGGAGCAGAAGCGCGAUCUUAUCGGCGAGGCCAGGCAGCGGGAGCACAUGGAGAGGAAACUGAGGAUGGUGAUGCACCGAUCCGAACUGAUCAAGAAGCUGCAGGAUAAUUACGCCGAGCUGAUCGAGCUGCAAACUGAGCACGAACUGCUUAGACUCAGGCGAUACCCGACCUUUCAUUUCAGGAUGCUCGACGAUAGUGACGGGGAAAGAAAGAAGGAUUAA